AUGAGCUGGGCACGCAGAAGCGCAGGGUUGGAGGGAGGACCAAUCACGGCGGUACCAUCCUCGAGGGUCUGGCGAUUUCAACCUAGCCCCGGAGGAGGCGAUUCGGAAGUGGUACUCGACGACAAAUCCUUCCCAGCAGGCCAGACGUCUGAAAAGACGGUCAACGGCUCCUCUGUGCUGGUUGACAGAUCCUCUUCCUCCACCAUCGCAGUCAUCUCUCGAAAGCCCUCGCAAGGCCUCUUCUCCAGCUCUAUUCCGGCCCCGCUCCCACCCUCUUCCUUGCCCCGCCAAACCUUCGACGAGGCCACCGAAAUUGGCACGCCCCAAUCGCAUGAUGCACCUUCUUCACCCACUCCCCCCUCCGCAUCUCCCGACGAAGAGCGCAAGGUCUAUGAUCCCGAUGUCGCGGACCUGGUGAUAUCCCCCCGGGAUACUCUUCCCUUCACGUUGGAUGAUUUACCGACCUGCCCAAAGCCGAUCUACCCGAUUGACAAGCACCGCGGCACCUUCAAAUUUGGUAUCCCUUCCAAUCUGGAAGAGUGCCGGGAAGAAUGGGACUCACUCUGGGAUGAGGAUGUCUGGAGUGCCCGUAGCUUGAGGACUCUGAGCAGUGCUAGGCAUAAGGUGCUUCUUAGAAACGUCGAAAAGAAGAAGAAGGGUGCGGUCGAAGAGCUGGGCCGCUUCAAAGCUCAUCGUGCUCGACUUCAUCGAUGGCUGAUCAGUGUCUGUCGACCGUUCUGGACUGUUCUAUCAGGCGGCAUCCACUCCCUCAUGGAGCCCGGGGAUAUCGGCUUCAAUAGCAUCUUUGCUAAAGCGAUAUGGGGCGACAAGGGCACGGAUCUGUACCAGUACCUGCGGAAAAUCAACGCCUACCGAUCGGACAAGGAAUACAUCUUCCCCAAGAUGCACUGGUCCAUCCUGAAGCUGCAAACCCGUGAUCUGGGAUGGCACUUCUCCACUGGGCAGCCGAAGGACGCCUUUAAGAAUCGCUGCCUUGUCAACCUCUUGUCGAACAAGAAGCUGAAGAAGUUACUUGAAAAGAUCAUCCACCAAGGGGCGUGCCUUUUGUUCUACUCUGGAUGGUCUCACAAAGACUGUGUAGAAGAGGGUACGGUGCGAUUCAAACAAAAGGCGGUCCACGACUACUUGCGAGACACUUUUCUGGAGGAAGGGGUCUGGGAGCAAACGAGGGUCGACGGCUUUGAGCGACUGUGGGCGGAUCCCGAGCGAAAGGGGAACCUCAGGCCGCUCCUCCAGGACACCAACAAGAAAGAUCCUUCCCUGGAGCAAGAACUUACCAGGGCGAUCAUUGAGCGUUACAAGGAGGCUCGGGAGGUGGGCGAGGAUAUCUCGAUCGAGAAGGUCAAUCCCGGGGACAAGGUUCAUGCUCGAGGAGGUCGCGUCUAUCAUCCCUUCGCCCCAGCGUACGGCCGAUUCGACCGCCAGGACAACGAGGUCGACCCCACCGCGGCAGACUUCUUCAAGUUUGACCGCAACCUCCGCCGCCACACCCGAAGCGAAGGCAACUCUUUCAUUGAGAGUCGUCUCCCACCUGUUGCUGAGGGCUCCAGCCAGUUCGGAGGCCAAGAUUGGCACCACGUCCAUGGCGUGAAGAUGGUGACCGCUGGUCUUGUCGUUGAGCUCCCCAACCUCAUCGACACUGUCGACGACGCCUUUUGCGGCCUGAUGCUCCCAAAGCUUCAGGAAGCGCGGCUCACCAUCCCCAACCUUCGCCGACGCCUCCUCUCCAUUGCCACAUCCUUGUCCCCCUCCGACCUCCCCACCAAAGAGCUCUCGGCCGCGCGUGGAAGAGUUGCUCCCUCUGGUCUCGAAGGCAUCACCUCCGAGUUACUCUACUUGGUGCCGACCGAGUCCCAGAAGGAGGCUAUGGUGCUGCAGGUAGCAACAGAGAUCCGCGAGGUCGAAAAGGUGGAGGAGAUGUUCAAGCGCGAAAAAGCUAGGUUUGCAACAGAGGCCGACGCUUUUGAGCGGAACAGACGAGACCUUACCCCAGUCGACCUCGAAGCGGGCUUUGAGGCUGUUGGCAAGCUAUUCAAGAGAGACUGGACGGCUCGAAGCGGUCUGGUCAAAGACGAUGCCGAGCUCGUCCUCACCUUCCUCGACGACCUCUACGUCCACCCCUCUCUUCAAGCCCCCAAACCUCAAGCAUCCUUCAGCCUGAGCCAGGUCUCGUCAGUCGUCUGCCGGCUCUUCAUGCGAGUCGCGCACCACUUUUCCUCGCCAGCCAACGAGCGAAUAGCAAUGGACUUUCUCGAGCUGGCCUUCGACGUGCUCUUCCUCGGCAUCCACAUGCGGACUACAGUCUUUGGAGGCGCGUGGCUUGAUCUGCGCAUCGCUCAGAUUGGCGAGAAAGCGUGGAAUGUUGAAGGAGUCCGAGAGCUGCCCGCCGUUGUCGCCCGUCUCGUUGUCGACCUCGUUGCAGUCGAUAUCAAUCUGUCUGUGCUUUGUGCAAGACAUUGGCGCACGGGUGGUAGUCCGACUGUUCGUUUGAGCUGGAGAUCUGUUCUGGGUGAAGAUGCGAAGAACCUUCCGGCCAUACAUGCCAAGUUCAUCCACCAUCUGAUCCAGGACCAAGAUCGAAUCUGCGGCAUUGGUCACUGUUACGAGCUGCUGACGUAUGACCCGCGUCAGCGGCUCAAUAUCAAAGGCCAAAGCAACUCCUGGCGCAAGUCGUUCGUCUCGGUUCAGCAGCACGUCCCACGCGGCAACGUCGACCUUGGUGAUGGCAUGCCCUCCUUCCCAUCCUUCAACUGUGCUUGGGUUAUUGGCUGCUCUCCCUACAGCCAGUCUGUAACAAUCUGUGUCUCACGGUAUGUUCAGAUCAUCCACACGACACAGCGAAAGGCCGGAGGAAAGGGUCAUGAAGGUGCCUUGGUCAGGUCGUCUCUCAGAUUCAACAUCAACAUGACCUCGGCGUCUGAAGCCCAAGACAAAAAGGUCGAGUUGGUGGAUGACGAAGACGAGGAUCAGGUGCUGAGACCGGGCGUUGCUGAGGGUGAUGAGGACGAAUACUGGGAAGCGGAAGAUCAGGGAAGGAUGGAUGUGAACGAUCUCGAGGAAAGGGUGGUUGUGGAAGGCUCGUCGAAGAACCACCAAGUGUCUAGUCUUGUGCCGGGGAGUAAGCUGAGGAGACAAGGCAGUACGAAGCCUGAGAAGAGCAAGCGAAAAGCUGCUCCGGAAAACUCAUCCAAUACAACCAAACCCAAGAAAAGCCGAAAAGGCAAGGAGAAAGCAGAGUGUGAUUAGGAAAAGGGGACCUG